AUGGAAGGCUAUACUAAUCCGGAACAUAAGAAUCCUAAAUGCAAUAUUCCAGAAAGCAAUAAUCCGGAACGUAAAAAUCCGGAAAAAUAUCAAUGGUCUCAAGAACAAACGUUGUUAUCACAAAUUCUUCAACAUUUCUACAACGCAAUAGACGAAAAGGGGCCGAUGGAAAACUCGGGAAAGUAG